AUGAAUCACCAGGGUAGUUUCCCUCCGAGAGUCAAGCUUUCGGGUGAGUCUGUGGCCUCGACAGGCCUAAGUGUUGUCUAUGAACCAGCUACCGAUGAUCCUCUAAUCGACAUUAUCAUGGUUCAUGGUCUAAAAGGACACCCCUACAAAGCAUGGAGAUACAACCAAGCGCAUAAUCGUGCAGAGGCACAGCAAAAACCAGAACAUCAGUCAGGAAUAUCAAAGUCCAACUUUCCAAAAAAAUCCGACGCUGGAGAAAAUUUCAAAGCAUGGGUAAAAGGGCCAUCAAGGGAAAACAACCAAGAUAGCGUAUUCACUGGCCCGAACAGUACGAAAAAUCCUAUAUCCACAGAAAAUACCUCGCAGACCUUUUGGCCAGCCGAUGUAUUACCAGAUGUCUGCAAAAAAGCGCGAAUUAUUACCUUUGGAUAUGACACAAAAGUAACAAAGUACACUUCGGGACCAACAAACAUGAACAACAUUCUAUCACAUGGAAAAGAUUUUUGGCGGGAGAGAGUCCAGGAGCGUCCCUUGAUCUUCUUAGCCCAUAGUCUUGGUGGAAUACUCGUGAAAGAGAUACUUGCAUUGUCCUCGACUGCAGGUACAGUGGCACUCAGAGAAACUGUCAAAUACACAGCUGCCAUCAUUUUUCUGGGAACUUCACAUAGGGGAAGCCCCGGGCUUUCGACGAUCGGCGAGCGAUCUAGAACCAUACUGAACGGCAUGCGCCUCCAAAAAACAGCAAUUAUCCUGGACAAUCUUCGCCUGGAAAAUAAUGACCUACAGCGCGCUCACGAAGCAUUCACGAGGCUCUGGCGACAAUACAACCUCCGAGUAAAGACUUUCCAAGAGGGCUUUGGCCUAUUUGGGAUCAACUUGGGAGUGUCAGGUCGCAAAAUGGUACCUGAUACUUCCUCGAUGAUUGGAGACCCAAGAGAGCAUGCGGAAACUCUGCAACCCAACGUCUUCUGCGUGCACAGGGAAAUCGGUAUUAAUGAAGGAGGUUUUACGAAACAUGAACUCUACGUCAAAUGGAUGCAUUGCUUCUGCGAGCUAUUUUGUCAACGCCUGAGGCCAGCCUCUGGAACAUUUCGUAGUUGGAUUACUUCGUUCUUUGCUCUGCCAACUGUUGUCAUAUAUCAGAAGAUUCCCGUCAACAUUCCCUUCACCAGCAACAAGAAGCUUGAGAUCUCCUUCACCGAACGCUUAAAGUCCUAUCCUCCGAACGCUCUGGAUGAUCUGGACGAUGCAGCCGAGAGAAGGCAGGCUGAGCUUUGGAGACGAUUGGUUCAUUUGCCAAUAUUUAAUUGCUUGAGGGUCGGUAUGUCCUUCAGACACUUCCCUCACGUCUCAAUUACUGGUUGUGUAGAGCUGGAACUUCCUAAUGGAGGAGAUAUUCUCAACUACAUCACACAUCGGUUCGAGGCACGGAUUUCUCCAAACGACAAUGAUUGGAAGAAAGAGUUAACGACACUUAUAAAUCUUAACUCACAAGGAGUUUUCUUAUGGGUUGUCCUGGUUUUGAACAAGGUACUUGAGCAAUAUGACAAAGGCGUAAGCUUGGAAAGUCUCAAAGAGCUCAUACACGACACCCCAGAAGAGCUCGAAGAUUAUAUGCAAAGUGAGAAAACAGUAGUAACAAAGAUGUUCCAAUGGGCCAUCGCAGCUGCUAGGCCAUUGCGGCUGGAUGAAUAG